CAGGGAUGGCUCAGACUAGCAUUGCCGACAUUGGACCCUUCCUUGUCCACUUCUUCUCCUUCACCUUCUCCUCCCCUUUCUUCCUCUCCUUUCGUCUUUCUCUUCUUUCCGCUAUACCAGGCAAUAUCAAGCCCGAGCCAAGCCAGAUAAGCCCGCUGGGGACAUCCCCUCCCCGCAUUUCAAUCCACGAUCGAAGAUUGAGCGCCUCAAGGGGCGAUUGAGCGGGUCUACAAUUUCAACCGCUACUGAUUUGAAGCGCACUCGUUUCUCGUCUUUGCUGCUUGAUUGAGCGAGUAUGGUUCUAUCCAUUCUUCACAAUCGACUCACCCGGACAAUCCUACUUUUAAUUGGGGCGAUCGUCGUCAUUCUGAACCUGUCCCGGAUCCACUAUGCGCAACUGACAGCGCGGCAACGGUCCGAGGGCGAGUCGAUCCCUCUCCACCCUAUCGGCAAUGAGACUUUAGGGACUCAGAAGAUUUUCGUCGUGAAUCUCCCCUCUAGACCCGAUAAGAGGGACAAUAUUAUCCUGGGUUCAUCGGUCAGCGGCUUCCGUGUGGAAUGGAUCGAUGGAGUCACCCCGGACCAAGUCAAUCCCAAAUCAAUUCCUCAUCGUUGGAAUUCAGACCACAAGCCGACGGAAUAUGCGGCUCGACGUGCGCAUGUCAAUGCCAUGCAGCAAAUCGUCCAAGAUAGACUCGGAAGCGCUAUCAUCAUGGAGGAUGACGUCGACUGGGACGUGACCCUCAAAACCCAGCUCCAAAGUUAUGCGCUCGCCGUCCGAGCGCUGCAAGGCUCGGAUGGCCACUCCACCGGGUCUCCCUACGGCGACGACUGGGAUAUCCUCUGGCUCGGUCACUGCGGUUUGAGUUGCAAGACCGAGCUGCCGGUCUUCCUGUCGCAUCAGGAUCCUACAGUGUUACCGCCCCAUCACUUCCUACCUUACUGGCGCGAUCCGCCUCCCAUCGAUCGGCCCGAUCAUACGCGUCUGGUCUGCAGCGUGGGCGAUGCGGUCUGCUCCCUGGUCUAUGCUGUGAGCUACAUCGGCGCCCAGAAGAUCCUGGCGGCGCUCUCUGUAAACCCUAGGCAGUUGGCGGAGCAGAUUGACAUCGGGGCGCAAUUCGAUGUGUCGCUGGGCCGAAUGUGCGGGCAUGGGUAUCUACGGUGCUUCGGCGCGUAUCCGUCGCUGACGGGGGGGUAUCAGCCUGCUGGGUCAUUUUCCAAGACCUCGGAUAUACAUGAUCAGGAUGAUAAUGUGCACGAGGCUUUUAGUUUUGGGGUGAUGUAUAGUACCAUGUCGAACGUCAACCGGUUCCUGAGCGGCGAGAGGACGGUCCAUGCGACGUGGGAUGAUGUAGGAGUGCCGUUAGAUGCUGACCCGAGGAAUUUCACGGUGCUUGGAGGGUCGGUUGCGAUUUUAGGGGAGGAUGGGCUGCAGACGAUUGUGGAUGUUUCUGCGAACUAGUUCUGGCAAUAGGUGCAGCUGAUUGAAUGAUUGAUGGAUUUGUUCAUUCAGACAGCUAAUCGUGCGAAGCAGUUCUGGCGGCAGAUCUCAAUAUAAUGGCUCAGCAGAACAUGGCCUCUCUAUAUACAUAGAAUGUUGCAGUAACACAUACGAUGUGAAUCAGGU